UAGGAGAGUCCUUCCCCUCCCCAUUUAAAGAUGUUCCUCUACUCAACGCGCAGAGGUACCUGCUGGGGCUAUGUUGCUAAGAGAUUCUUCUUGUUCCACCGUAUGAUGUACUGCACGCCCUGUCUCUCUCGCAGCUUCAGCACAACCCUACGCCGAGGGUUUCCCCCUUCCGUGCUGUAGCGUCGCUUAAUAAACCGUCAGCUUGUUUUAGGUGCUGUGUCACACGCAUCAACGGCUCGAGUCCGUGCACCCUUCACUUACUGUAUCGAUUCAAGUCUAGCAGAACAACUAUCGUGGGAACUAACAGGAGAACCCGUGUACUGUUGUAGGCUACAUUUUUGUUUGUUGUUUUGUGUUUUGUGUCGGGAUGUGAGGUGACGUUGCUGCAUCUCCGCAAACCUAAUAUCUUCAGAAUUUGCGCGUAAGACGAGGGAAUAUUGUAUAUCUAGCUGAUUCAAAAUGAACCCCCAAUGUGCGCGCUGUGGGAAAAUUGUCUACCCGACGGAGAAAGUGAAUUGUCUGGACAAGAACUGGCACAAAGGAUGCUUCCACUGUGAGGUGUGCAAAAUGACUCUCAACAUGAAGAACUACAAAGGCUACGAGAAGAAGCCCUAUUGCAGCGCGCACUACCCAAAGCAGUCCUUCACCAUUGUGGCCGACACACCCGAGAACCUACGCCUGAAGCAGCAGAGUGAGCUGCAGAGUCAGGUCAAAUACAAAAAAGACUUUGAGGAGAGCAAGGGCAGAGGCUUCAGCAUUGUGUCGGACACACCAGAGCUGCAGAGACUGAGGAAGACCCAAGAGCAGAUCAGCAAUGCCACCGAGGCCAGCUCAUCCUCAUUAGUAUGUUACCCAGAACAACUGUCCGGUGGGGCCCUUAAUUUUUUUGGGCCGGUACAUGACUGCGAUGAUAAGUCCUCCUCACCACACCGAGUAUCACGGAGCAACCGUCCCGCCCACGCCAAGUGCGCCCAGAUGACAGGACAUGCCUGA